AUGCUAACCGACUUCUUUACGGACCCCCAUGUGGAAAGUGCCAUUAAGUUUUACAGCCUGAAACAGCUAGAGCGGCUCUUCCUCGCGAACAAUUUCUACGUCUUCAACACAGAUACCGAAUGGCGGGACUGGCGACAGAUGGAGUUUGACCGGUUGCUUGUGGCGGGUGGUAAUGAUCACCUUCUACCGAACGUUUCACCGAAGGACGACCCCGUAACACACGCUAUCUCAUUGAGCCGGUUGGAUCGAAUAAACUUCAUGUUACGUUGUGGCCUGCCAGCCCACAGCUGGACUAAGACUAGUUGGAGCCCUCUUGCGGUAGCACUUCUCUAUGAGGAGCACGGAUGCUUUGAUCUGCUUUGCAAUUCGCUACCCAAUGUAGACGUCCCAAGACUUCGUCCUGGGCUGUUAAGAGAGAGUCCCCCUUUUCUUUUGACUCUCGCCGGGACACGAGCAAACGAAUACGCUUUUGAACGACUUCUCGACCACAGAGAUGAAUACAACCAGAAUAAUCCCGCGGUCCUAACACCGAUCAUGAAUGGGCACGCCAUAUACCAAAUGAUCCGUUGUUUUCGGGUUCCUCUCAUCGCGCGUGCUGCUGAUGCAGGCAUCAGGCUCAGCGGAGCCUCACAUGAAACCAACAAUGAGGGUCCAUGGCAUGUUGCCCCUGAUCACCCUGAUACAUUAGCUCUCAUACAAUUAUUGGCCCGAGAGUGUCCCCACCGACUGUUCCAACCCGAUAGAUAUAUGCAGACCGCGUUAUUCCCGGCUGUACGAUCCCGGAAAGCCGCAGUCGUGCAAAGAUACAUCGACCGUGGCAUCGAUGUGGGCCAUGAAGUUGGGUCUGGAGAGACGGCUCUCCAUUAUGCCCUACGACAAAGGCCCGUGGCGCUGGACGUUCUGAGAAUCCUUCUCCAGCAUAUCCACGUCGACACAUCCGCCGGCUCCGGACAGGGCACACCAUUGCACACCCUUUUGCUUUGCACCUUCGCAUAUACGUGGCGAAAUGUUAAUUAUAUCGAGACCUACGACCCCGACGGUAGCUUAUGUAGUCGCAGGCAAGGACGUGGCUUAACAAAAGAGGAGAAGGAGAUUGAGGAUAUUGCUUGCCAAGCUUGCGACAUGAUCCUAGGUUAUUUUCCUGAUCGCAGAUUCACUGAUGCUCAAGGAAGAACCACUUUGGAGAUGACUCGCUUAUUUGGCCUCAAGCGGAUGUAUCAUCGGAUUUCAAACGCUCCCAUAUCGGCAGAGCAUAGUUGGGAACGACGGCUGAGGCGUCGGUUACAAUGA